AACUGUUGUCGUGAAACGUCACUAUCAAAACAAUUGCUGGUGGUGAGCGUAGGGGUUAUGAUUAGAAGUGUUCUAAAAAAGUGUAAUUUGUUUGAGAGAAUCAAAAAUAUUACCUGUGCUAAUCGGCCCAAACAAAUCAUGGAAGGCGUCCCGCUAGACAGUCGCAAACGCUUGGCGGAAUUCUAUCAAAGCCCAUCCCCGAAAAAAACGCAUUUCGUCGGCCUCACCCCCCUCAAAGAGCUCACCAACAUCUCCAGUCCCUCCAACAGACCUUUCAGAGUUUCAAUCGAAGGAAACAUAGGAGCGGGGAAGUCCACUUUGAUAAAAUACUUCGAGGGCUUCGAAGGUAUCGAGACUAACGCUGAACCCAUUGAUUGGUGGCGAAAUCUGGAUGGCUAUAACCUGCUGGACCUGCUGUACAAAGACAUAAACGAGUGGUGCAGGGUUUUUCAAAGUUACGUCUUUUUAACUAGAUUGAAACUCCAGUCUGCAAAACCUAAGAAUUCGAGUACCACCGUCCAAAUGUUCGAAAGGUCCGUCCAAAACAACAGGUUUUGUUUUCUGGAGCAAGCCAGGCAAAGUGGUUAUCUCAAAGGGGCUGAUUAUGCAGUUUUGGACCAAUGGUACAGAUGGGCUAGAAGCAAUGUCGAUAUAAACUUGGAUCUUAUAGUGUAUCUUAGAAGCACACCUGACGUGGUCUAUGAGAGAGUCAAAAGUAGAGCUAGACCAGAGGAAAACACAAUUUCUCUCGAAUAUUUGACACAGUUACAUGACAGUCACGAAAAAUGGCUGAUGACGGAGGAUGAACGGUUCAAUACUGUGCCAGUUUUAGUUUUAGAUGCUGACAAAACUCGAGAUGAAGUUUUGGAACAAUACAGACUCAAUGAAGGCAAAAUUUUAGGACACGAUAAAAAAGGUACAAAACACAUUACCAAAGAAGACAAAUCAAAGGUAAAGAAAACCCUGGACUUGGACUAAUACAAUACUUAAUAUAUAUAACGCACUCAAAUAGGUAGGCAACCUACCCACCAUAGACUGUAACCAAAUCAAAUAAAU